AUGCCCCGUUCUUCUCGUACAGGUGAACUGAUAUUUAAUCUUGAGAUCGAGAAGGUUGAGCGAAAGCUACGAAAGGAAGCCAAGCAACGAAAAGCUGUUCAGGUUGCGAAGCUGGCAGAAUCUUUAAACCACCUCAAAAUCUCUAGCUCUAGCGACUCUGAAAGUGAUCAAGAGACUGUCAUGGCUGAAGAUACCCGCACUCUAAGGGAGUUGGCUGCUCCCAACUUGGCGCAGCAGCCCUUAUGCAUUAACUUUCCAACUCUGAAUAACGCUGUUGCUUUUGAACUGAAAUCUGGAUUAAUUCAUUUGUUGCCUUCUUUUCAUAGACUUGCAGGUGAAGAACCUCAUAAACACUUGCAAGAGUUCGACGUGGUGUGCUCCAGCAUGAAACCACCAGGUGUUACUGACGAACAGAUCAAACUCAGAGCCUUCCCAUUCUCGCUCAAAGAUGCUGCAAAGGAUUGGCUCUACUAUCUCCCACCUGGAAGCAUCGACACGUGGAACGACAUGAAAAAGAAAUUUUUGGAGAAGUACUUUCCAGCUUCCAGAGCUGCGAUCCUGAGGAAGGAGAUAUGUGGUAUCAAACAACAAUCAGGUGAAACGCUCCAUGAAUAUUGGGAGCGAUUCAAUAAGCUUAUCAUUAAAUGUCCACAACAUCAAAUUCCCCCUCAAUUAUUGAUUCAAUACUUUUAUGAUAGUUUAUCAUUGAUGGACAGGAACAUUAUCGAUGCUGCAAGUGGUGGAGCUUUAGUGAAUAAGACGCCGGCACAAGCUUGGGAUCUUAUUGCGAGGAUGGCUGAAAAUACGCAGCAAUUUGGUUCAAGAGAUGUUGGACAGAUAAGCGGAAACAACAGUGACCAUGCCAUCCAAUCGAUGCAACAACAACUUUCUGAGUUGACGAGCUUCAUUCGCAAGAUGGUCGUGGAAGAAUCCAACCCGAGUGUCCAAGUCAAGGUGUGUGGAAUAUGCACGAGUGCAGGACACCCUACAGAUGCUUGGCCGACCCUCCAAGAAGAAUGUGCAGUGGAUGUGAACACUGCAAACUACGGUAUGAAUAGACCUUCAGCGUACAAUCCAUACUCCAACACCUACAAUCCAGGCUGGAGAGAUCAUCCGAACUUGCGUUAUGGAAACGCACAGCGGGGUAAUGCUCAUCAACCAUUUGGAGCUAUGCAGCAGAUGCAACAACCUCGUUUCUAUGAAAAACAGCCGCCUCAAGCACCCACAAGCAACUCCAGUCCAUCUUUGGAAGACUUGGUGAAGUCUAUGGCUACCAGUACCCUGCAAUUCCAGCAAGAGAUGAAGUCAACUGUCGACAAAUUACAAGGUCAGAUCAAUCAAGUGUCAGAGGAGGUGAAACAACUACGUGAAAGAGGAAAGUGGCCUGCUCAGCCUGAGCCAAAUCCAGCAAAUGUCAGCGCCAUCACUAUCUGCAGUGAUACGAUGAUUGAAUGUUCCUCCUGGCCUAAUCCAAGGAAUACGAGUGCUAUAACUCUUCGUAGCGGAAAGGAAUUGGAAGGUCCACCUCAUAUCUCAAGGGAACGGAAUGAGGAUCAGAUUGAGAUGGAGAUCGAAAAAGAAGCUGAACUUCACGAAAAGGUACUUCCUGACUCUGUUCCUCUUACUGAAACUAAAUCAGCUCAUUUUCCUGACAGGUUGAAGAAACCACAAAAGACAAACAAACGAAAAGAGAUGAUGGAAAUAUUCAAGAAGGUAGAACUUAAUAUUCCGCUCCUGGAGGCUAUAAACCAAAUCCCCAAGUACGCAAAGUUUUUGAAAGAACUGUGCACUAACAAAAGGAAAUUGCGAGGGGACGAGCAUAUUAUAGCGGGUGAGAACGUUUCUGCUGUUCUCAAAAGAAAGGUACCACCCAAAACAGGUGAUCCAGGUAUGUUUUCUAUCCCUUGUAAGAUUGGAAAAACUGAGAUAACUAAGGCUAUGCUAGAUUUAGGAGCUGCUAUUAAUGUCAUGCCUCGAUCAAUAUACGAUUCUUUAAAUCUAGGGCCUUUAAAAGAAACAGGAAUUAUUAUUCAACUUACUGAUCGAACCAAUGCUUACCCUGAUGGUAUGAUAGAAGACGUGCUAGUUCAAGUUAAUGACUUAAUUUUCCCUGUUGAUUUUUAUAUUCUGGAUAUGCAUGAUGCACACUGCUUUAAUCCACCGCCUCUUUUGUUAGGAAGACCUUUUAUGUGCACUGCAGGAGCAAAAAUUGAUGUACGGAAGGGCACUCUCGCUUUGGAAUUUGAUGGAGAAGAAGUCCAUUUCAAUAUUUUUGAUGCUAUGAAACAUCCUAUUGAUUCUGAAACAUUAUAUGCAAUUGAUAUCAUUGAUCCCUUGGUGCAGGACGCAUUUGGAUUAAGUGGUUCCGAUGAAUUGAAGAUCGUGUUAAUGGAACAUCUAGAGAAAGAACAUGAGAGAGAGAUAGCCGUAGACAAGAGAAUAAGAAAAGUUCUCAAGGAGCUUAACUCAACUCCAAGAGUGUCACCAAGGUAUGAAUUAGCUCCAAUAUUCUUACAUGAGUCUAAGCAAUGUUUAUUACCAUCUUUGACGCAGGCACCUGAAUUGGAAUUGAAGCCUUUACCUGAAACUCUAAAAUACGCUUAUUUGGGAGAGAAGAACACUCUACCGGUAAUCAUCUCUGCAAAAUUGACACCAGAACAAGAAGAGAAAUUGAUUAAGGUUUUAAAAGAUCACAAGACCGCCAUUGGAUGGACGAUCGCUGACAUAAAAGGUAUUGAUCCCUCGUUUUGUACUUAUAGGAUCACACUCGAGGAGGAUUCAAAACCAGUGAGACAAGCUCAAAGGAAGUUGAACCCGAUUAUGACUGAGGUAGUCAAGAAAGAAGUGUUAAAGCUUCUCGAAGCUGGUAUCAUCUACCCUAUCUCCGAUAGUAGGUGGGUGAGUCCGGUUCAAGUGGUUCCCAAGAAAGCCGGAGUAACGGUGGAAGAGACUCGAGAAGGAGAAAAGCUCCCGGUUCGAAAACAAGCUGGAUGGCGCCAAUGCAUAGAUUACCGUAAGCUGAAUGCGGUAACAAAAAAGGAUCAUUUUCCUCUCCCUUAUAUUGAUCAAAUGAUUGAACGACUCGCUGGUCGCGCAUAUCACUGCUUUUUAGAUGGAUUUUCAGGUUAUUUUCAGAUAGCGAUAGCACCCGAGGAUCAGGAGAAAACAUCAUUCACUUGUCCGUUUGGAGUUUUCGCCUACAGAAGGAUGCCUUUUGGUUUGUGUAACGCUCCUGCUACAUUCCAAAGAUGUAUGGUAAGUAUUUUCUCUGAAUAUAUUGAGCGAAUCAUUGAAGUUUUUAUGGAUGACUUUAGUGUAUAUGGCUUUAGUUUUGAUGAUUGUCUAGGUAAUUUGACUUUAAUCUUGAAACGAUUAGAUAAAUCUAAAGUUGAGCUAAUCACUGCUUUACCUUACCCUACUUCUGUGCGAGAGCUACGUGGUUUUUUAGGACAUGCAGGUUUCUACCGGCGCUUCAUCAAGGACUUCUCCAAAAUUGGAGCACCAUUGUUUCACCUCCUGCAGAAAGAUGUAGCAUUUGAGUUCAAUGACGAUUGCAAGAAGGCAUUUGGAGCACUGAAAGAGCGCCUCACAACACCACCGAUUAUUCAACCUCCGAAUUGGGACUUGCCAUUCGAGUUGAUGUGUGACGCAAGCGAUAAUGCAGUGGGAGCCGUUCUAGGGCAACGAGUUGGGAGAGCCUCUCAUGUCAUCUACUAUGCUUCGCGAGCACUGAAUGGCGCUCAAUUAAAUUACUCCACCACGGAGAAAGAGAUGCUUGCUAUUGUUUUUGCUCUUGAUAAAUUUAGAUCUUAUCUUUUAGGCACUAAGGUGUUAGUGUACUCUGACCAUGCAGCUCUGCGUUACUUGAUGGCAAAGAAGGAAGCCAAACCUCGAUUAAUUCGAUGGGUACUCCUUCUGCAAGAGUUUGACAUAGAGAUUCGCGACAAGAAAGGAACUGAAAAUUUGGUAGCUGACCACUUGAGUCGUAUACCCGUGGAGUCAGAUGCAGUUCCUGUUCGAGAGUCAUUUCCUGACGAACAACUUCUCUCUAUUGCGACUACACACCCUUGGUAUGCUGAUAUUGUUAAUUACUUAGUCACUAACGAGUUUCCUACAGGUUGGGCAAAGGCAAAAAGGGAUAAGCUCCGCAGUGAUGCAAAAUACUACAUUUGGGAUGACCCCUACCUUUGGAAGUGGUGCUCUGAUCAGAUCAUUCGAAAGUGCGUUAAUGAAAGUGAAUUUCAUUCUUCUUGUGAUAGAUGUCAACGAACAGGUAACCUCUUUUCUCGUAAUCAAAUGCCUCAAUCGCCUAUGAUGUUUGUCGAAAUAUUUGAUGUGUGGGGUAUAGAUUUUAUGGGACCUUUUCCUAAUUCAUAUGGAUGCUUAUAUAUUAUCUUGGCUGUUGAUUAUGUCUCAAAAUGGGUGGAAGCAAGAGCCACCCAAACUAAUGAUUCUAAGGUGGCUGCAGAAUUCAUUAAGUCAUAUAUCUUCUCUCGAUUUGGAGUGCCAAAGGCAAUUGUGAGUGACAGAAGGACUCACUUUUGCAACAAAACCGUGGCUGCACUUUUUCGAAAAUAUGGAGUGCUUCACAAGGUGUCAACCUCAUAUCAUCCUCAAACGAAUGGACAAGCUGAAAUCUCCAACCGCGAAGUCAAGUCUAUCUUGGAGAAAACAGUUCAACCGAACAGAAAAGAUUGGAGCUCGAGACUCGAUGAUGCUCUGUGGGCAUAUCGAACAGCAUACAAGACACCAAUAGGGAUGUCACCAUUUCGAUUGGUGUAUGGAAAACCUUGCCAUUUACCUGUGGAAAUUCAACACAAGGCAUUUUGGGCAGUGAAAAAGUGCAAUAUGAAUCUUCAAGAAGCCGGAGCCCAUCGAAAAAUGCAAAUUCAAGAGCUAGAGGAGAUUCGACAAGAGGCAUACGAGAAUACGAUACUCUACAAGGAAAAGACAAAAGCCUUUCAUGAUCAUCACAUCUCCAGAAAAAUUUUUGAGAUAGGACAGAAAGUCUUAUUAUAUCACUCUCGUCUUAAGCUUUUCCCUGGAAAGCUGCGCUCUAGGUGGAUAGGGCCCUUUAUCGUUACUAAACUUUUUCCUUAUGGUGCAGUGGAGAUUCAGAGCUUAUGGACGGAGAAAAAGUUUGUGGUCAAUGGACAUCGUCUUAAGUCAUAUUACGAGGGAUUCCCACUUGAAUCUGUAGAGUUGGUGUCUCUCGCCGAUAUCGAAGUUGAGGACUGA